UUAGAGCAGCACAUCAAACCGUCCCAGGAAAACGGGUCAGAUGGAUGCACUGAGAAUCAGGCUUUUACUUCUUCUGCCAUGUUUAGUUUUUUUUCUGGAUGGUAAAGCAACAGCUAGCAAACAACGAGAUUUAAUUCCAAUUUGCACCAACGAAACAUCCAAUGUAAUCACACUGAUAGUGUGUAGGAUCAGAACGGCGAGGGACAGCGGAGAGGAGUGCAAUCUGCUGUACAGGGAAGAAGGCGACUUUGUUCAUGAGUGUGACUCUAGGUUCACUCUUAAAACAUGGAAUGACACUGUGUUUCUGCAUCUGACCAGUUUAACAGCAGCUGAUAAUGGGAACUUCACCUGUGAGUGUUCAAGACUCGAUGGAACAUAUAUUCUUUCCCUCAACAUCACAGUAAAUGAAAAUGCUAAAGAUAAUGGAGAAGAUGAAGAUGAGGGCCAUUUUUCAGAAAUGACACUUCCAUCUGCUUUGACUGCUACCGUUCUCAUUAUUAUUAUCUUAAUUUCCAUUAUUGUGGGAUUUGUCCACAGAAGAUGUUGCCAUCGCAGAGAGCAACUAGAAUCAAGCAGCCAUAAUCCAAAUGAGGACUUGGAUGAAAUUGAGCCGUACAGCACCUUCAUUCAAAAAGAAAACGGACUUUAUUCUACAACGUCAUUGGACAACCAUCAAAUUAAUUUUGAUAAUACAAAUAUGAUUACUUGAAUGAACAUAUUUACAGUUAAAACACGUUUUUCUAUACUGCAUAAAGUCUUAAUUUUUUCUUUUUAAUAUCAUUACUUUAUUUAAGUUGUUUUAAAUCCCUUGUGAAAAAUAAGAUAUCAUGCUUUGCAGAAUUAUGAUAGGUUCAUUUAAAUAAUCAUAAUUGCGUAUAUGGAGGCAUUGCCCAUCGUUACAUUUUAGGAAAGAAGCCCAAACACACAAAUGGGGAAGAAAAUCUGAAAUAUAAAGAAAAUUUUGCAUGAGUCAGAACUAUCCAUUCUUGCAUCUGCAUGGGCUGAAAGACAAGUCAAGUUUAUUUAUAAAGCUCCUUUCAGUAGCGAAACAAUUGAAAUGCUGAAUAUAAAAAAGAAAAUGGAAAAUAUUAGUAAAAUCACACUGAAGUGGCAUAGUUGUGAUUAAAGAACUAAAAAAAAUAUGAUUAGAAUGAAAAGAUUAUCCUAAAAAAAUACUGAUAAAAUGAUUAAUGAUAAAAUAAAUUGCACUACAAACUGAACUAGUGUUUAAAUAGCAGUCAAAGGCCUUUGUGAACAAGUGUGUUUUAUCUGCUUUACUAU